AUGAUGGAUUUUGACGAAAGGGUCCCCGUCGGAUCGAACAUGUAUUUGCCCAGUUGCACUUAUUACGUCUCGGCGGGGGCUGAUUUCUCCGGUCUUCCCUCGUUUUUAUCCCAGACCCCGUCCACCCGCCCCAUGACAUAUUCCUACUCCUCUAACCUGCCGCAGGUCCAACCCGUCAGAGAGGUGACGUUCAGGGACUAUGCAGCCAUUGACGCGUCCAGUAAAUGGCCGCACAGGGGGAACUUGCCCCAGUGCUACCCCAGCGCGGAGGACAUGGUGCACCGGGACUGUCUGUCGGCGCAAACGGCCGUCGUAGGGGACAUGUUCGGUAAAAACAGCCCCGCAGCCGCAGCCGCCGCGUACCACCACCACCACCACCACCACCACACGAGCGCCGGCUCCGCUUCCACCAAUUUCUACGGGAACGUGGGCAGAAAUGGCGUGCUGCCACAAGCCUUCGACCAGUUUUACGAGACGGCGUACGGGAACGCGUCGGAGAGUUCUUCCACAAAUGGCUACUCAGGUGACAAAACCCCGACCAAGCAGCCCAGCUCUGCGCCGGAGGACGCGCCGUCGUGCAGGGAUACCGAAGCGAAGGAGCCGCGGGAUGAGACGAGCAGCCCGGAGUUAUCUUCCGGCAACAAUGAGGAGAAAUCCAGCAGCAGCAAUGGACAGAGGACCCGCAAGAAGAGGUGCCCGUACUCCAAAUAUCAGAUCAGAGAACUUGAACGAGAAUUCUUUUUCAGUGUGUACAUUAACAAGGAGAAACGCAUGCAACUGUCUCGGAUGCUCAACCUCACCGACCGACAAGUGAAGAUCUGGUUUCAGAACCGCCGCAUGAAGGAGAAGAAACUGAACAGAGAUAGAUUACAAUAUUAUACGUCUAACCCUCUGCUUUAG